CAGAUCAUUGAUUCAAACACAGACUAUAGAAAAUCAUAACCUUCAAAAUCAAUGAAAUCGGCGUCUGCCUUUAGUAAUCUGCCAUUUUGUUUUGUUUUAUAUCAGAAUACCUAAGAAUCUCGUUUAUUUAUGCCUAAAAGUUUAUAAAUAAUAUUAACAUAAUAAAAACUUUUAAUGCUUAUAUGUAGCUUAAUUUAUACAAGUGUUUUAGUGAACAAAUUUGGGGUUACAAGUUCUUGAAUAUAACCAAAGUUAUUAAUUUGUGAUAAUGGUUCGUGGAGCUGGCCGCGGUGGUCGAGGAAUGCCAGGAAGAGGUGGUAUGGGCCGGCCACCCUUCAACAGACCCCGAGUGUUAAUGCUAAGGCCGCCCUUCGACCUAAUUUUAGCAGAACCGGCUUUCCCAAGAUGCAAGCCUGCGCCUGACGAUUCUGCGUUAACACAAGCACUCCUCAAGAGGCAUGCGGAGUUGUGUCCAACGCCGGCCGAACAGUCGGCCGUCCUCAGCCUCGUCACAAAACUGCAGACUGUACUCGACAACCUGGUGGUAGCACCUGGUGAUUUUGCCGCUUGUCAAUUAGAAGAAGUGAGGCAAGUUGGAUCAUAUAAAAAAGGCACAAUGAUGGCGGGGAAGAAUGUGGCAGAUAUUGUAGUUAUAAUGAAGACGUUACCCACCAAAGAAGCUGUGGAAGGUCUCUCCAACAAGGUAAAUGAAGAGUUGAACAAGCUGAUGCGCGCCGAGGGUGUGGGCUUGGUGAGCUGCGGCAGCCACGAGCGAGGUUUCACGGUGACGUCGACGGGCCCCGCCAGCGCGGCCGUCCGCGUCCUGGUCACCACACUUCACCAGAACCUCAGGAAGUUGGAACCUGAAGUACAUUUGGACUACAAAGUGAUCAGCAGUCACUUGGCCGCCAUCCGGCACAGUCGCUGGUUCGAGGAGAACGCACACCACUCGUCCAUCAAGGUGUUAAUAAGACUGCUGCGUGAUAUGUGCGCGCGGCACACAGGACUCGAACCCCUCACCCCGUGGAUGAUCGACCUGCUGGCGCACCACUGCAUCAUGAACAACCCCGCGCGCCAGGCGUUACCCAUCAACGUUGCAUUCAGACGCGCGCUGUCCCUGGUGGCCGGAGGUCUCUUCCUGCCGGGGUGUGCAGGGCUCCCGGAUCCUUGCGAGGCGGCCCACGCACGCGCUCACACCGCACUAGACCUCGCUGCUCAGGACGCCGCAGCCGCCACCGCACAAACGUUGCUACGCGUGGUCGCUCGCGGCGGUCACCGCUACGUACUAGGGCUGCAGGCCUUCGAAGGUGGUAAAGACAUCUCCACGGAGAUCACAGUCUGGGACGGCGUAGUGGUCUCACCGCUCGCGCCUGCUUACCAGGAGACUCCUGAACCUAUGGAUACUGAUGAUAAAGAUGACGAUGGAGUACAAGAUGGCGUGGCCGCCUGACAUUACUAAUAUGAGUGGUCUCAUUAACACAAGAAUUAUAGUAUUAUAAUAAAUUUAUAAAUUACU